UUGAAAUUAAACGAAGAACAUUCCAAUACAUCAUGAUUCAUGAAUUUGAAACUUUUUUCUGAACAAAAAAACAUUUUUUUUUUAAUAACAGCACCUGGAUGAUGUGAAUGCGGCAAAAGCAGAACAUGUAUGAGAGAAUUGGUGACAAAAUCAAAAGUAGAAGAAAACGCCCAACACUCUCUCUUUCGCUAAUUCUACCGUUGUUCUUCACUCUCCACUAUUUUUUAUUUAUCAUCAAAAGUUUUCCUGGUGGUCUCAAUCAAGUAUAAUCAAUUAUAUAGUGUUCUCAUCACAUUCCAAUUCAAAUUUGGGAGUUAGGGUUUCAGUAUUGUGUUGAUAUACUGUUCUCAUUACUAUCCAAUUCUAAUUUAGGAAUUAGGGUUUCAGAAUUGUGUAUAUAUAAUGUUGUCAUCACAAUUCAAAUUUGGGAAUUAGGGUUUGUGAAUUGUGUUGAUAUACUGUUUUCAGCACAAUCCAAUUCAAAUUUGGGAAUUUGGGUUUUUGAAUUGUGUUCCAAUUAUGAAUGGUUCAGGUUUGGGUGCUGGGUUUUUGUCUGGUCCUAGUGGGGGUAUUUUGGACCUGGAAUCUCCAUUUCACAGGCACCAACAGACUCAAUUGGGCCAUCCAAAUGUAACUGGUCAACACCAUAUGAAUAUCAUGACUGGUCUGGAAAAUGAUAACCGAAUUGGCCUAAUUGAAGUGAAAAACUUGAACGCGGCGUUGAGUUUUGGUAAAGGCAAGGCGAUUGCAGAAGAUGACUUGAGCGAAGAUGAUGAGCAUGGUUAUGCAGAAGAUGGGAAUUGCGAGAAUUUCGACGGUGGCAAAGGUAAAAAGGGGUCACCUUGGCAGAGGAUGAAGUGGACGGACAAUGUGGUUGGUCUUCUUAUAGCUGUGGUGAGUUGUGUUGGUGAUGAUGGCACAAUUGGUGGUGUCGAUGGUGUCAAAAGGAAAUCAGGGGUUUUACAGAAGAAGGGUAAGUGGAAAACUGUUUCCAAGAUAAUGAUAAGUAAAGGUUGUCAUGUGUCGCCGCAACAGUGUGAGGACAAAUUCAAUGACUUGAAUAAGAGGUAUAAGAGAUUGAAUGAGAUACUUGGAAGGGGAACUUGUUGUCAAGUGGUUGAAAAUCCUGCACUAAUGGAUUCAAUGCCCAACCUUACUGCUAAGUCCAAGGAUGAUGUUAGAAAGAUAUUGAGCUCAAAACACUUGUUUUAUAAAGAGAUGUGUGCAUACCAUAAUGGGCAAAGGAUACCAAAUAGCCAUGAUCUUGACUUACACAGUUAUUCAUUAGAACACGGGAAGGACUCGAGAGAUAAUGAUGGAUCUGAGGAUGAAGAUGAGGAUAACAAUGAAAGCGAGGAUGAUGAGUUGGAUAAUGAAAUUAAUAUUAAUGCACAUGGGCAUGGAGGUAGGAUGGAAGAAGUCUAUGAUAGAAAUAAAUUAAGUGAGGAAGAUGGCCACUUUUGGCCACGAUCUGUUGCUAUGGAGAAACUUGAGGUUGAAAUGGCAAGGGUUUUUCAAGACCCCGCAAUGUCACCGUGGGAGCGAAGAGAGUGGAUUAAGGUACAGCUGUUGCAGCUUCAAGAGCAAAAUGUCGGCUACCAAGUCAGGGCUCUUGAACUUCAGAAACAGCGGUUUAAGUGGUUAAGAUAUUGCAGCAAAAAGGACCGGGAGCUGGAGAAGCUAAGGAUGGAGAACAAGAGAAUGAAAUUGGAAAAUGAACGCAGAAUCUUGAAACUGAAGCAGAGAGAACUCGAGGCAGACGUCAGUAGGGCUGAGGUGUCCUUAGACCCUUCCUCCAUUGGUAUCAACAGGCCACAAGGAAGGGAACAUAUCAAUUUGGGUAGACCGCAGUAGCUCCCAGAUAUGAUCGAUCAUCAUUGCUUACACAAUGUAUGAAAUGUAACUCUUUUGUUUAUGAUGAUGUUUCAUAAUAAUUUGUUAAAACACUUAGACUAACUUAGCGGGUUAUAUAUAUAAUCUAUAUAAUUACGUAUAGAAGUUAUUGGCUUUAAACAUCAAUGCUAUAUUUAUUUGUUCUUGGGUUGUUAGUUAUAUGGUUGAGAGGUGAGUUUUCUAGACAUUUGCCCUAAGCUACUAGUUGCGUGCUUCACCUCAUUUGAUGAUUAUAAAUUUUAGGCUGGUGAGUUUUAUAUGUUACUAGAAUUGGAAUGAUGUCUAUCUAAUGCACUUGAACAUUUAUUGGUCAUCUUAA